AUGUCCGCACAAAUACUUAAUGCUGCUGCCAAAUAUCAACUUUAUAGUACUACUGUUAUGUGUCCAUUAGGAAUUGUCGGUAAUACAAUAAAUAUUCUUGUUUUUACUCAACUAAAACUUUUUCGAGACAAUCGAUGUGCUUUUUAUUUAACUGUUGAAUCUAUUUUCAACAUUUUUUAUCUCUUGUUCUUACUCACCAUAUAUAUUUUAAUAUCAAUGUAUGGAAAUGAUGGAACAGGGCAUUUACUUAUCUGGUGUAGACUUAAUCAUAUCAUUUCCCAAACAUUUGUUCUCACCCCAUUCACUAUGAUAUGUUGUACUACUGUUGAUGAAUACUUUUCGACAAAUUAUCUUUACAAUAUAAGAUAUAUAUGUACAUUGAAAUUAGCUCGAUAUCUUACAUUUGUUUUUAUUUGUAUUUGGCUCAUUCAUAGUAUUAUAUUUGGUCUUUUUUUCAAUAUUGUACCAUCAGUUGGUUGUACCAUAUCAAAUGAAGUCUAUUUGCGAUAUACAACUUACUUUAUAUAUCUAGUUUUGACUGGCCCUUUACCAAUUGUAAUCUCAUUGCUAUUCGGUUUAUUAGCUUAUCAGAACGUUCGUCGAUUAGUUCGUCGCCAAAUACCUGUUGCUCGUCGUCGAUUAGAUCGACAAAUAACUGCAAUGUGUUUUAUACGUGUCAUAGCUUUUGUUUGUUUGGGAACACCUUAUUUUUGGAGCCGAAUAUAUGCACUUAUCCAUCCUAUUUCACGAAGUGAAUCAUUAGAAUUUGCAACGUGGGAGUUAGUUCAAGUUAUUUUUGCGUCUUUUGCAUCUCUUAACUUUGCGAUCAGUUUUUAUCUUUUUAUUAUAUCAUCAUCACACUUUCGUCAUCAAGUAAAAUCUGUAUUGGUAAAAAAAUGUUGGAAACGAUUGAAAUAUCUAUGUUGCUUUGGUAAUAUUCAAAUUACUCCAGAAAAUAUAGAACAAAAUAAUUUGAAUAUAGAACUUGAAGAAAUUCACUAA